AUGGAAAUGCAGGAAAUUGCAAAUGCAGAAUUGUUGCAGGCGAAACAAGCAGUCAUUUUAGAGAGUAAUUUUGAAAUCGAAGGCGAGCAAGCUGAAACACCUGUGGCAGAACCACCACCACCGGAACCAACACCGACCCCAGAACCGGCGCCAGCCCCAACUCCUCCAGCUCCUGUACCUCCGCCAGCGGAACCCGCACCAGCUCCUGCACCAUCACCGGUUGUACCUCCAGCUGAAGGAGUUCCAGCAGUUCCUGCCCCAGCAGCCGAGGGUGCCCCACCGGUAGACGGAGCUGCGCCAGUGCCCGCUGAAGGCGCACCUGCAGCAGCCCCUGCGGAAGGUGCAGUACCACCUACAGAAGGUGCUGCACCACCAGCGGAAGGUGCUGCGCCACCAGCAGAAGGGGCUGUGCCACCGGCAGAAGGAGUUGCACCUGCGGAAGGAACAGCUCCGCCAGCGGAAGGUGCACCUGUUGAAGGAGCACCUCCAGCUGAAGGUUCUGCACCUACCGCUGCUCCUGCGGAAGGUGCACCUGCAGAAGGGGCACCCGCUGCACCUCCUGCUGAAGGUGCGACACCAGCAGCACCAGCGGAAGGCGCUCCCGCGGCACCGCCAACGGAAGGAGCUCCUCCAGCCGAAGGAACCGCUCCUCCCGCAGCUCCAGCGGAAGUCGCACCAGCUGCACCAGCUGAAGGAGCCGUUCCUGCAGCGGCACCCGCAGACGCGACACCCGGAGCUCCAGCGGAGGCUGCACCCGCGCCGCCCGAAACUAAUCUAGUUUUGAUAUUGCGAGUUUCGAUCCGCAUCAGAGGCAGUCCCGCGCUAAAGAGCGCGAAAUUCAUCAUGAAUGCACCCGCAUCGUAACUGGAAGAGGGGACGAGGGGUCAUCUUGGCGCAUACUCUCCUCUCGUUGACGUCAAACUUUGCGGAACAUCUAACACGGCCAGCGGUAAAGACACGGAUAUACGGUGGAACUAUCACCAUACUCGACGUCUCUCGCGGCUCGCGCUUUUCUUGUCGUCAUCAUCAUUAUCAUUACCAUUAUCGCCAGCAUCGUUACCGUCAUCCCCAUCGCCGGCGCCGCUGUUGCCGCCGUUGCCGCCGCCGCCGUCGUCGUCGUCGCCGUCGCCUCCAUCGCUCACGUCUUGCAUAUUCAUCACUCAUACAUCACGAAAACUCGCACGUGCCGCACGAGGUUCAAAGGGAAAAAAGAACAAAAAGAAAAAGAGAGAGAAAUGUAUGCACGAGAAAGGGUCGCGUGUCACGGACACGAUAUGUCUUGUGGUCGAGAAACGCCGGCUCGACGUGAAGCCCAUAUUUUCACCUCAUAUCCGUUAUGAGAAACACGCGUCAUUAAAAUGCCGGAGGGCAUGGGGGAAGGGAGAAAAAGGGAAUGCAGUCCUUACUCAACGAUGUCGCGAUCGCUAAUCGAGAUUAUGUCGAGCGGUACAUUUGCACGCAUUUCGUCACGUUUCAUCGCGCAAGAGCAUCCGACAAUUUUUCCACUGUGCAAUCAAACGGUCGCUACUCGUCGUCGCGUUACUUCAUGGGGUGUGGAAUAACUAACCCCGGAAAUCUGUAAAUAAUCCACGACACGUCUCUCAAGUCAAUUCUCUUUACACGGGCAUCGAUACCGAAAACAACUUGUGUACACAAGAAAUUGGAUUUCAUAAUAAAAACUUUUCUUUGACUGUUGUUACUUCUCUCUCUUCUUUCUCGUUUAACAGGCACGGCCCUUCUAUCCAUAAAGAAUUUAUUUCGUCCUUUAUUCAUAACUUGUAUUUAAGGAUGUAUGUGUCACGUGUCAAAGAGCUUAUUUAGAUCCAUUUACUCAUUUAAAAGUUAUUUACUUAAGACUACAUCAAAAUAUAAUCGUUUGUGCUGCACGAACCAUUAUAAUCAAAUUACUCGUUUUGUUCAUAAUUAAGAAAUAAAUUCAAAAUAAUUUUGUAUUACUCGUAUGUUAUUACAUUAUAUAAUUUAAAUGUAUAACAAAAAUAUUUUUUUGAGAAAAAUACACAUGAUUAUGAUAUGGA